CCACCACACCAUACCUAACCAUACCACACCACACGACACCACCAUCACCACCACCACACAACCACCACCACCAGUCAACACCACAUCACACCACACCAUACCACACCACAUCACUUCACCACCAGACACCACCACACACCGCCACACCUCCACUACCACAAACCACACCACACCACUGUAUCCUACGCGCCCCGACCUGUCCAGCCCCGCCGACCCCCGACAAGCCCCUCCGGCCACCGCCCCGUCCCACCGCGGCUAAGGGUGAUGGCGAGAAGAGCAAAAUCAAAACCAUUCUGAAGCAAGAGGGACAAAAGGAUGCCAUCAGGACCCCCCCAGUAACCCCCAAGAGGAAGCUAGAGGCUGAUGAGGAGACGAAGAGGAAGAGGAGGAGGGAGGCUUUGGAGAAUGACGAUGCCACACAGACCACCCCGAGGACCCCGAGGACCCCCAGGACACCAAAGAACAAGGUGCCGGGAGUGCCACAGACGCCACGGUCUGCCAAGAAGAGGCUCAUCAUGGCACCGGAGACUGAGGAGGGUGCCAAAGAGGAACAGAGCAGCCUCACAGCAUCACCAUCAAAACUCCCAAAGCUGGACGGGGCGAAACUGACACCCCAGCAGAUGAAGGAGGCUCUGGGGACAUGUGGGAGGUUGGAUGAGCUACGGGCGAGGCUGCUGCGCGUCAACCAGUGUGGGGAGAAGCUGCGACAGUUCAGGGAAAAGAACCUCUCUGGCUCACACUCCCCCAAGCUCCUCUCUCCCAGGAAAGCUGAUACAGGGCUUCAGCUGGAAAAGUUCACUACUCUUGAAAUUCAGUUGCCUGCCAGCCCAAAGAAGACCCCAAUCAAGACCCCAAUUAAGUCCCCCCUCAAGCCGCCAGCCUUUGAGCGCUACCAACACCUGGUGGGGAAGCCAUCUGAUGAGUUUGCCCUGCCCUUUAAGUACCGGCUGGUGAAGGAGGUGUUCCGCUGUGUGGAUACUGUGGUCUCAAUUCUCCACAAUAGACAGGAGUUGAUCACAUACUCUAAAUUGAAGCCAGCUGUGCAGCAGAUGUUGAGCAGGACCUUCAGUGAGCAGUAUCUUGGCCAAAUUAGGUCUGUGUUCCCUCUAGCAUACUUCUUCAAGCAGGAGAGCAUAAAGAAUGGCAUUAGCACUGGCACAGCAGGAGGAGGCAAGAGUUCCUACCAGCUAACAAUCAAAGCUAACCUGGACUAUAAGCCAUCCACAGCCCAGAAGAACCUGUCCAAGAUGUUUGAGAGUUCCCCAGCACCUCAGAUGACAAAGACACACUUCCGCAAGAUGGACUCGAUAGUGAUGGUGGAGCGGCGUAACAUCUUCCACAACCUCCUCAUUGACCAGGUGAAGGAGUACCAUGACCAGUUCCUGCAGUCCCUGGAUCCCCCUAUCUCAAGUGCUGGCAUGAACAUCAAGAGGUGGCACCCAGAGUUCCCCCUGGAGGACGUGCCUGAGGUGGAGGCAGCUGCUCUUCCCCAGCCGCCCCAUGUGGAUAAGCUGGACACUGCGAGAGACGUGUUGGAGAAAACCCAGUCCCUGCUGUCAGUAAACCCUCGGAUGGAGCAGGCAGUGAUAGAUGCAGCGGCCAAGGUGCCACACAAGCCAGAGACAGCCCCAGCACCACCUCCAGAGACACCUGUCCAGCCAGCCAACGUGUGUGCUGCUCUCAAGGGCAUCUCAAGCUCACUGCUGGAGAAGGUGCGGGCGCGUGAGGCAGCCAAGCGAGCCAAGGAGAUGACCCGCAGCAGCAAGGAAAACAAGGAGCUGGAGAUGCUGUCCAGGCUGCCAGAGAUGGCCAGAAUCAUCCGCAACACUUUUGUGACAGAGAAGAAGGCAGCCCUGACCUGGGAGAUGGUGGUGGUCAAGAUUGCUGCCAGUAACUCCUCCAUGAUUGGUUCCAGUGAGGUGGACCGCCAUCUACACCUGCUGGUGGAGGUGGUGCCAGGCUGGUGCACCAUCCACAAGGUACGCAGCGGUGUGUUCCUCAAGAUUAACAAAGGCCGAGAGCUGAGCAGCGUGGAGGACGAGCUGAAUAGAGUCAUCAAGGAGCGUCAGUGAAUUCUGUGAUACCUUGCCCACACCUGCCAGUUAUGUGUGUGUGUGUGUGUGUGUGUGUGUGUGUGUGUGUGUGUGUGUGUGUUGGGAUAAAGUGUACAUCAGUGAAAUAUGUUGUACAAGAUUCCUGUUACACUUAUAUUACCUAAUGUAUUUAUUAAGACUUCAGAUUUAGAGUAAAUUAGUACUUAGGUGGGUACGAAUAAGAGAGUUGUGCACUGCAGAAUGAGUAAGCUAUACUACUUAUGAACAAAGCAUAUUAGUGGAGUGAUAUUUUUUAGUGGAUAUUUUUAUACAUAUUGCCAAAGACUGUACAUUUACUUCAAGAUAACAGACAAUUUUUUUCAGGGUGUGUUCCGGUAGCCUAAGCAGAGUUGGGAGGGGAGGGGAGGGGAGCAUGGAGGGUGAUGGACAAAAAGGCCUUGGAAGAAGAGAGGGACAAGGAGGAGGAGGAGGAGGAUGUGGAAAAUUGGUUUGAGCAGUUAAUUAAGGCCCAUUGUUACCUCAUCAUAGGGAAAGUGGUGCCUUUGUGUGACUCUUUUGCCUGUUUUGUAAAGAUAAUUAGUGCCAUAAGUGUUGAUGUCAUAUACUAUAAAAAUAUUAGAUGAGAAAACAUGAAACCACCAUCUGUCACAUUUAGUUACUGAGGAAUUUGUAACAUAAGACACAUAAUUAUUCACUAUAUUUCUGUUCUAGUUAUAGAUGUGAGAUUUUAAUUGACUUUCUGACGUUACUACUUAGAGCAACUGUCCGUGGCUGGCUUGGUAAUGCUGCUUGUGUCAGGACUCAGGAGAAGCAAGUUUUGAGGAAGCAGGGACAGAUUAAGAGUGUAGGAUAUUGAUAAUUAAUGUUUAUAAUUGAUGUGACAGUGAGUUUGAAGUAAUCUCACUGAGUUUUUUUUUUUUUUUUUUUUUAAGAAUUAAGGAUUAUAUAUUUGUCUGAGUUGGGCAUAAAAUCCAGGAGUUAUCAUGUAGCUAACUCUAGUAGAUAUCAGUUCUGAUUUGUUUUGAAUAUAAUUUCAUGCAUAAUUUACAUUUUACAUUCAUAAUUUACUUUGUGCCUGUGUGUUAGGUAAUAUAAAAAUUGUACUUAACUUGAAAAUUAGCAAAGUUGUGUUAAUCUUAAACAUGAUGAACAUAAUGCUGUGGUGGAUAAAUUGUGAAAUGCUUGACAAUUUGAUGGAAAAAUGCAGUCAGAAGAUACAGGAAGUUAAGGUCACUUGUGUUGCUCUGAUACUUUAGCACUGGUUUUAUAAAUGAGAUUGAAAUAUUUUAAGCCACUAAAUUUGAUACAGUUCGUAUUAAUUGAAGGAGCUAAAAAGUUGUUAUGAACGAGAUUGAAGCAUAUGAAGUAAAGGAGUUAGAAUUAAUUGAGAAAAGUUAAAAAGUUCAGUCUGGUGCCUUUCAUAAGCAAGAUUGAAGCAUGUUAAGUACAGGAGUUAAAGUUAAUUGAAGAAAAAGUUAAAGAAUUAAGUAAGGUGCCUUUUAUAAGUGAGAUUGAAGCACUCAGGAACUGAUAUUAAUUGAAAACGUUGAAAUAAUCAAUUGUGUACCUAAAGUCAUCUCCAUUCCCAUCCAUUACUGGCACUGAUGAAGAAAGUGACAUGAAAAAAGAUCAAGUACCCCUUUUAUCACCACCUGAAGUGCCGAUAUUACUUGAUUGCUAUGCAAGUUGUAAUGAGCAAACAGAUGUAACUAGUUUACUUUUUAAAUCUGUAUAUAUGUAGUUCUUUUUGUACUUGGAUCAACAAUAGCAUACUGUUUUGUAUU